AUGAUAAUUUACAAAUUAGGCUUUGCUAGUAUUAUUUUUUGUUUCAUCUAUACAAUUGUUGCUUAGAUUCAUGAUUAUCAUUUGACAAUAUCAAAAAAAUUAAAAACAAACUAUGUACCAUUAAUGUAAACCUACAUGAUGGAUCAUACUAAUUACAGUAAAUUCAAAUAAUCCUAUAAUGUAUUAUGUAUAUAUAAAUAUGAAAGGAAACAUAUCUUAAUAUGAUAGAAGAACCUAGUUAUUGCAUAGAAUCAGAUACAUUAGUAAUAAUAACAAUUAAUGUAGAAAUUAAUUCAUCCUGACAUAUUACUUUAGGAUAAAUAUAUAAUGAGAGAAUUAGAUAAAGGAAAUUUAUAAAGAGAAAUAAUCAAAAGUAGAAUGUUUGAUUCAAUCCAAAAUAUUUAACCAUUGCAAAGUAAUAUAUUUCUAAACUUAAUUAAGAGCCAACCACAAAAUUUUAACAUAGAAUUCCUCCUUAAUUAUCAUAUUUUUAUACUUUUAAACCGAGAUUGUAGGAUCAUUAUCAUCUUGGUUAAGGUUUAGGUUGUUUGUUUUAAAAAUUAAAUCAUAUACCUGGAUUGUAUACUUUAACAAGCAAAAACAGUUUAAUAUAUAAUUAUGCAAAAUAUAUCUAUGAUAUGAAAAAACGGAAUGUUAGUUCAUAAUGUAUAGAAAGUGCAUCUUAUGUACCAGAUACAUUAAGAUUAAAUGUUAAAACAGAGUGUUAAUCAUUUUUUAAAUAAUUGAACAAAAUAUAAGAAGAAUAUAAAAAUAAUAAGAGAGUUUAUAAUGGUCCAGAUUAUUUGUUAAAGACUGAUGAACAUAGAGGAGAAGGCAUACGAUUAUUGUUUUAAUAAUAAAUAGAAAACAUUACUACAGUAUAUGAGAAUGGAGAAUUGUGUGGUAAUGUAACUGAGAAAAUAGUGGCUUAGAAAUAUAUUAAUAAACCAUUUUUAUAUAAGGGACAUAAAAUUGAAUUCAGAAUGUACAUUUAUUUGGCUAGCAGUAAACCUUUAUAAUUGUAUAUGUAUAAAAGAGCUUUGAUCAAAAGAUGUGCUAAUGAAUAUAAUCCUUUAUCAGAAUCAAUACCUGCUCAUAUUUGUAAUACUGCUAUCACAGAGAAAACUCAUAAGAAUUAAAGUAAUUCUAUAGAAAGUUAAGAAGAAGAUGAGGAGAUGUUCAUUGAUUGGAAUUUAGAGGGUAUUGAAGAGUUAUUGAAAGAAUAGGGUAGAAUACCUAAAAAUUAAAAUUGGCUUUAAGAAUAUCUUUAUCCAAGAAUUUAUGUUAAAAUAAUUCACACAAUUAGAAGUGGAUAAUAUGCAUUUUAUUAAGAUUCUAGAUUUUGUGAGUUUUUGGCUAUUGACUUUUUACUUGAUAAUGAUCUAGAUAUAUGGUUAUUAGAAAUCAAUUAUAAUCCUUAGAUUUUAAGUGUAACAAGUGAUAGAAUUAAAAGAAAUUAUAAAAUGAUAGAGGAUACUAUGGAAAUUGCAUUUGCAUAUCUGAAAUCAAAAUAUAAACGAAUCAAAAUAUUUUUAUAAGAAGAAUUGAUGAAAUAUUAAUAUAGUGGAAAUAGAAUUAGAUAAGUAGAUUUUAGAAAUUAAUUUGGAAAACAUUUUAAUUAAUUAUUAGAUGAUGUUUAAAUAGAUUAAGAGUUUAGUUUAUCUAAAGAUAAUUUAUAUGCACAUAUAAUAGAUGAAAGUAAAUAAGGAAAUGAGAAAUACUUUAAUUUAAUAGAUGCUGAAUGCAUAUGA